CGGUGCUAGUCGCUGGAGGAGUAAAGAUGGCGGCGCGGGGGCCUCCGCCUUCAUUUCCCGGCUGAAGCCCUCCGAGGGAGGCGGCGGCGGCCACACCAGGCUACCAGCGUUCUGGUGGUGGUAGUUUUGGCAGCAGCUGCGGAGGCUCGAGCCAUGGCGGAGCUGGAGCACCUGGGAGGGAAGCGGGCAGAGUCGGCGCGAGCGCGGCGGGCUGAGCAGCUGCGGCGCUGGCGGGGCUCGCUGACAGAACAGGAGUCCGCGGAGCGACAAGGCACGGGGCGGCAGCUGCAGACCAGACGCGGGAGCCCCAGGGUCCGCUUCGAGGAUGGUGCGGUCUUUCUGGCUGCCUGCUCCAGCGGGGACACGGACGAGGUGAAAAAGCUUCUGGCAAGAGGUGCGGACAUCAACACGGUCAACGUGGACGGUUUGACAGCCCUGCACCAGGCCUGUAUUGAUGAAAAUUUGGACAUGGUGAAGUUUCUAGUGGAGAACAGAGCCAAUGUAAACCAUCAAGACAACGAGGGCUGGACUCCCCUUCAUGCAGCAGCUUCCUGUGGUUACCUCAACAUAGCGGAGUAUUUUAUUAGCCAUGGAGCCAGUGUGGGUAUUGUGAACAGCGAGGGUGAAGUUCCUUCUGACCUUGCAGAAGAGCCAGCCAUGAAAGACCUUCUUCUGGAACAAGUAAAGAAGCAAGGCGUUGACCUGGAGCAGUCAAGAAAGGAGGAAGAGCAGCAGAUGCUGCAGGACGCCCGCCAGUGGCUCAACAGUGGGAAAAUAGAAGACGUGAGGCAGGCUCGCUCCGGGGCCACAGCCCUGCAUGUCGCUGCUGCCAAGGGCUACUCUGAAGUCCUCAGACUUUUAAUUCAGGCUGGCUAUGAGCUCAAUGUUCAGGACCAUGAUGGCUGGACUCCUCUUCAUGCUGCUGCACACUGGGGAGUGAAAGAGGCUUGUUCUAUCCUGGCAGAAGCACUCUGUGACAUGGAUAUCCGGAACAAACUGGGCCAGACGCCAUUUGAUGUGGCUGAUGAAGGUCUUGUGGAGCACUUGGAGAUGCUUCAGAAAAAGCAAACUGUGCUUCGAAGUGAAAAGGAGACACGGAAUAAGCUCAUUGAGUCAGACCUGAACCGCAAGUUUCAGAGUGGACUCUUUAAGAACAAGGAGAAGAUGCUUUAUGAGGAAGAGAGCCCCAAGUCCCAAGAAACAGAGGAAGAAAACAAAGACUCGAGCAGCUCCAGCUCAGAGGAAGAGGAAGGAGAAGAUGAAGUUUCUGAAUCAGAAACUGAGAAGGAGGCAGAUAAAAAGCCAGAAGCCACUGUCAACCAUUCCAACUCUGAAAGCAAGAGUCGUAUCAUGGAGCAGAUCCCAGCCCCAGCUCAGAACACCUUCUCUGCCUCUUCUGCUAGGAGAUUGUCCAGUCUUUUCAACAAGGCAGAAGAGCCCAAAGACGAAUCUCCUUCUUCAUGGAGACUGGGACUCAGAAAAACUGGCAGUCACAAUAUGCUGAGUGAAGUGGCUAACUCCAGGGAAGCCGUUCGGGAUCGAGGCUCCUCCAUCUACCGAUCCUCAUCAAGCCCUCGGAUCUCAGCUUUGCUGGACGACAAAGAUAAGGAUAGAGAAAACAAAAACUAUUUUAGUACGCUGUCACCCCGGAGGCUCAGCAGCACAAGUGACAUUGAAGAAAAGGAGAACAGAGAGUCAGCUGCUAAUAUAGUGAGGAGUGGCUCCUACACCAGGCAGCUGUGGAGGGAUGAAGCAAAGGGAAGUGAAACCCCACAGACAACUGCUCCCUCCACUUACGUGUCAACUUACCUGAAAAGGACUCCUUACAGAUCCCAGGCUGACUCGGCAGCAGAGAAAGCAGCAGACGAUGUCUCUUCGAGUACUCCCCUGUGUGUGAUCACCAAUCGCCCUGCACCCAGCACUGCCAAUGGGGUUCCAGCUGCCACACUGUUCCCCUCCACUGCAACAGACUCCUCUGUGGAAGCCCGGGAGAAGAGGAGAUCGUAUCUGACUCCUGUACGGGAUGAGGAGGCAGAGUCUUUACGGAAAGCGCGCUCCAGACAAGCUCGGCAGACGCGGCGGUCUACCCAGGGUGUUACCCUAACAGACCUUCAAGAAGCAGAAAAGACUUUCAGCAGGUCGAGGGCAGAGAGGCAAGCUCAGGAGCAGCCUGGUGAGAAGCUUGAAGACCCUGGUGGGCUUGAAGGGAGUACCAAGAAGCAGGAGCCAUCAGCUGCACCAACAAAGGAAGCUGGAGAGGGCCGGCAACCUUGGGGCCGGGGUCUGGAGGAAGAGCCUGUCUAUCAUCGCCUAAGGUGUCCAACUCAACCAGACAAACCCACAACACCGGUGUCUCCUUCCGCGUCAAGACCCUUACUCUACACUAGUUCUCAUCUGCUCCGGACAAGUAGAGCUUCAGACCCUGAUUCUGAGAAUUCAGAGACCACCACAGACGCCACAGCUGCAAGGGAAAUGGACAAGAAUGAGAAAGAAGGAGCUGACUUGGAUGAUCAGUCCUCUAACAGGCUGUCUCUCCGAGAGAGGAGGCGACCUAAGGACAGGCGAAGAGGCACGGGCAUUAACUUCUGGACAAAUGACGAGGAUGAAACAGAUGUCUCUGAAGAGGUCAAAGAAACAUGGCAUGAAAGACUUUCUAGGUUGGAGUCAGGAGGCAGUAACCCAACCAGCAGCGAUUCUUACGGUGACCGAGCCUCAGCAAGAGCCCGUCGGGAGGCCCGGGAGGCUCGCCUCGCCAGCCUGACCAGCCGGGUAGAAGAGGACAGCAACAGGGAUUAUAAAAAACUCUACGAGAGUGCCCUGACCGAAAACCAGAAACUGAAAACAAAACUUCAGGAGGCCCAGCUAGAGCUAGCAGAUAUCAAAUCCAAGCUUGAGAAGAUGGCUCAGCAGAAACAGGAGAAGACCUCUGACCGGUCGUCGGUGCUGGAGAUGGAGAAGCGGGAGAGGAGAGCAUUGGAACGGAAGAUGUCGGAAAUGGAAGAAGAGAUGAAGAACCUUCACCAGCUAAAACAGAUUCAAACCUUGAAGCAGAUGAACGAGCAACUGCAGGCUGAGAACAGGGCCCUGACCCGAGUGGUGGCCAGACUCUCCAAGUCCAUCGAGUCCUCGGACCCCCAGGAGCUCUAGCUAUUGCCUUUCCUCUCCACCUCACUUCCCUCCUCCACUGCUCCAGGUGUUAACAGAACUGAAGUCCGACAACCAGAGGCUGAAAGAUGAAAACGGUGCCCUGAUCAGAGUCAUCAGCAAACUGUCCAAAUAGAGGAGGCCAGAUCUCGGGGAGGGGACAGCAUUGCUGCCCACCCUUCCUUUCCGGGCCCGGCCUUGUGGCCAGAAGCAGCGAAGGUUUGGGAAGAAGGGCGCCUCCUCCCUUCUGGUCCUCGUCGGUCACCUCUGCACUCCACACUGUACAUUUCUCUGCACUCUGUGCCCCGUUGCCCCCGCACCUCUGUCCCCAGUUUCUGACAGUUUUAACUGAAGCAUGAUUGUGACCAUUUCAAGCAGUCUAGAGAAGGCUUUGCGGGGUACACUAAGCUCAGCUGUGGACCCCCAACUUUCUGCUGCUUUGUCCACAUUGGUUUCGGUACAAAAUGUAAGGCUUUGACCCAUAGCCUUUACACUGACCCGCUGUCCUUUGAUAUAGGUGAGUCUUGUGGUGGCCACCCCAGGAUCCUAUCUGGGGUGCCAGGAGAGAGGGCAGAGUGUGGAGGUACUCUCUGGACUGCCUCGGGAGCUGUUGCGUAGAGUCCAAGGUGAUUGUGACUCUGAUAUUCACCUCUCAGGGACUGACUUGUUUUAACUUUUCUAUCAAUAACCUAGAACUGCCCUGACUGGUCUUAACCCCGUUUCCCCCUUUCCACAAGGCUUGGAUGGCCCUGGACUCUCUUGCUCCUUUUCUUUCUGUCUUUUUAUGAUUUCUCCACCCAGCCUGAUGGCAUAAAGCUGAAACAGAGCUCCUGACCUCAGCUGUUUGGGGCCAUUGUGGAAAAUCAUCACGGUUGCCUUGGUACCAUGACCCCUGUCCCAGCAAAGCUAGAGGAUGGCUGAAGGGGCAGCCCGUUGUUCACAUCUCCCACUUGUCUGCUCACAAAGUGAUUUUCUGGACUCUUCAAGUCAGACAUAGUAGUAAACACCUAUAAUCCCAGCACUCAGGAAGCUGAGGCAGGAGGAUCAGAAUUUGAGGCCAGCUAAUAGCAAGACCCUCUCCAGAAGAAGGAAGUGUGGAUUCUGAAGACUGGAGUUGGCCUGGCUUCCUGUGGCUUUGUUUUCUAGUCCACUUGUGCACAUGCUCCUCAUGAGGAACGAGGUGUUCAAGGAGGCCUGGAGGAGAGUGAGGGGGGAGCCAGACUAGGGAUGGAAACGGGCUGGAGAGCAUGUGAGGACACUUGGAACACUGGGCUUAGGCUGUGAGAUGGCGGCAGUCACACUCGGGGAGAGAGAGACAGUGCCCUUCUUAGAAGCCAGCAGGAGAAAUGACUGCUGGGGGAGAGACAGAAGAGGCUGACGUGCGUCCAGCCCGUAAGACUCUUUAAGAGUAGCAAGGCUCGUGCAUCUGGCCCAGCUGCCUUGUGUUUCAGGGACCCCUCUCUGCUACCAUAGCUUUGGCCUGUGGUCAGCCUUUGGUAGCUGUGCAUUUAUUACUUGAAGGGUGGGCCCCUCUAGUAACCAGAGUUUUUACUAAUAGAAGCUGAGGUCUCCUGCUCCCUGCCUGCCCAGCACGUUAAAUAUGGCUGGGUGGUGGUUUCUACUUCUCUAGUCCCUUCAGACCUCUGCAGAUGUCAUGAUUUUGAUGCCUGCCACAUCUUGACUACUGUCCCCUGGAGUCUAGGCACAAGCAGCCCUUUAGAUUAUCGUGCCUCAGUCUUUAGAGUAUCCCAUGAUUCCAGCACAUAGUUAAAGAACUAGUUCUCAUCGAUGACCCAGUGUUGAUGGGGAUAAUGCUUGAUUUCUGUAGGCAUUUUGUCCUUUGGAUCACAUUAAAGGACAGGUCCUUUAAAACCUCGUUAUCUUGGGGUUGCCAGUGAUGCGGACCAUUCUCACACUACCUCUGUUAUUUUAUUUCAUGAGGACAGCACUGUCCUUUUCUGUGGCCCUUGCAGACUUCAUGUGCUCUUAAACAGACGUUGUAAUUCAGGGUCCCAGUUACAGAAUAGGACCAUGCUCACUCUGACACACUUUGAGCACAUACAAGAUUCUCUUUUCCGUUUCAACCCACUCUAUUAUGGAGCACUGAGCCCAGGUCUUAAAGAGGACUGAGCCACAGUGAGAAAGACCUGUCUUCUGUACAGGAAGCAUUCUCUUCUUGCCGGGAAAUGUCAACAAAGUGUUAGCCAACUGAGUGUCCUGGAGUGGCUAGGGCACUGAGAAAGGGGAUUGCUGCCUUGUCCUUAGGAAGAGAAAAUGAGAUGUUAGGAAAACAUUGAGCUUUUUCCACUCGUAGACCAGGAAAAGGUGUCGCCGAGUCCUAUGCCUGUGGGCCUUUUGAAGUGUCAGGGCAGGGUCUCAAAACUCACCAACUGGCAUUAAUGCCCGCUGCUGUACGUGGCCCUCCGUGUUAAGAUGCCACCUCUUGCCAGGAAGGCUGCCUUGUGACAAGUUAUUUAUAAGCUUUUCAGUCUCAGGAGUACUGGACUCUGUAGCCAAGAACUUACCAUAGUACAAAUGAUCAUAGGUAAUUCCAGGCACUUCCUUUUAGGCCACUAAUUUUAUUAGUGAAUUUGUUCUCUUCAAAAUGAUAUUGACUGAAAGCCCCCAUGAAAGACAUAGGCCCUCUGAUGGCCAGCUAGACUCUCGGUGCUGGUCCCUUUUCCUCUGUUGCUUGGCCAGUUACACACUGGAGGUCUCCCCGGUGGCUUCUUGUGAGUAGUCUCACAGCUGGAGCGUAGCGACCCGCUGCAAGCAGGUAACCAUACAGGACUCAGCCCUGUCACAGACCGGUCUGCAUGGGAAGUUCAGAUGGGGACAAGAAUGUUCUCACUACACAUCACACUCUAUGUUCUCAUUCAUUUCACAGCUUUGGAGUAACGACUGGGCCAGUCCAGAGAUUCUGGGGCUCCUAGAAGUGCUGGCUCCCAGUACCCACGUCUUGAGGGGAAGAGUGAAGCACAUUUAAGGUGUUGUCUCCAAAGAAUCUAAAGAACAGAUCGAUCCUGGGCCCACUUGGUCCACUGAGUUCUCAGCUGGGCUGUUCUCAUUUCCUAGACCCUCCUGGCUCUGUCCAGCAGUGGGGUAGAACUUGUUCUCACCCCGCUUUCCCUGCUUCUGUCCCAGUCCUCAGCCCUCUAGACGCAAGCCUUGUUGCAUGAGGUGGCUUCUACCCAGGAAGUACAGGAGUGGAGUGUAUGGGCCUACAAAAGAGUACAUAAACCAGAGAUGAAGGAGGAACUCUCCAAGUCAGGCCCUUGGCAGCCAUUCCUAGCAGAGACAACUGUCUCCACCCAGUAUUCAGUACUGACAGUGCUGGCACUUGUUAGGAGGUGAGGCCUCGGUGACCAGAAGCCUGGGGAAGAGAGGUCUGUAGAAAACAUCUGUCAGCUGCUUCCGGACUGUCCUCCCUCAGGAUGGGGAGGCUCUAGUCCAUGGUUCCAUGCCUUUUCAGAAGUGGGCCCUGCCCAGAUCCAUGCCUGAUUAUAGGUACAUCUCGGUUGCCCUUCUGUUCUGAAGGUAGGUGCAAACCCUCAAACAGUAUAGUUCCCUUGACCCAGGAAGUGAGGCAGAUUUGAGGGCAGGAUAAGGUGCACACAGUUAAGCUACAGGGAGUCCAGGGUCAUCUUAUUUAGCUGUAACCCUUGGGCAAGAUAAUCUUUUAGGGUCCCAUUGAGCUUAAAAUUCUGUGAUUUAUUCAUUUCUAGAAAAAUGAGAACAUUUUUUUGACGCUUAGAUUUCUGCUUCUUUUCAAAUUUUCAAGAUCAGUCUUGUUUUCUUCCCAGAUUCAAGCUGUUUAAGAUCAGGAUGCCAAGGCUGACCCCUCCUCCCUGUUGGAAAGAGAAUUUAACGUUGAGAGCAACUGAAUAGUGUUGUGAUUGCUUUUCCUCCUGGUGGUUAGGUAAAGAUGUUACCAACCUGAAGAGGUGGCGAUUGGAGCUGGUGGGGGAUGGAUAGAGCAGUGUGUCGCCAGGGAACCAGCUGCUGCUUGGAGGCUUGCUCGGCCACCUCUCCCAGAGGUGACCAGUACUGCUUCUCAGUACCCAAGCAGCAGACUUAACUGCGAUUGUGCUUGGCACCAGCUAGUUCCUGGUCUUGAACUCUGCCUUGAGCAGCAAGAGUGUUCUGUAGUGAAGACCACAGCUGUUACUUCGGCUGAGCUCUGCCUCCGAGCGCUAAGCUCUUAGAAGUGGGGCGCCCUGGAGCUGUUCAAGGUGGUCUUCCACAAGAGAUGCUACAUUGCUUUUGUAGCUGUUUACAGAUGCCACAAACCACAUAGCAUCGAAUGGUGCCCUGCCCUGGCCAGACUCCUGCAGUCAGGGCUGGAUGUGAGGAAGGGGCCAAACCCUGGGAGUGGGUGCCUGCAUGCUACAAGGGUAAAGGCAGAGGGAGGGUCUUUGAAUUGGAACAGGGUGGAGAUUGUAAGCACUGGGAGAAAGGAAGGCAGAUUUCUGCACCUGGAAGUGCGUUCUGUCUCAUGAGUUCAUCCCUCAGCUCCAGCUGAGGCUGAGUGGAGAUUUUAAUCAGCCUUCCUAAUGGGUAUUGACACUGCUCAGAGCAGUCGACUCUGUCAGAGACAACUAUUGAUUGCUUGUGUUCUGAUUAGAUUGGAAAAAUAGAUCAACUUCAUUAUAGCCCAGAAGCUGUCACUGUCACAGCUACAAAGGAAUGAAGUGGUCUCUGAGGGCUGAGGAAAAACAACUGAACUCCCAACAAACCAGAGGGCAGCUGAAAGGUGUAUCCAUGGCUCCUUGAGAGCUGUGGUUAAGGGUCACAAUUGUCCUGAGGUGUGCCUUGCAACCCAGUACCUAGAUGUCCACUGGCAGGCUAGAUGGUGGAGGAGGGAACUUGUAAAGCCCAUGGCACUGAUGUAUGUUCUGGCCUUACCUCGGAAGACUUGGCAAUGUGAGGGUCUCUUCCAGUCUGGGAACACACACACACUUGCCAGGCUGGAGCUUUCAAAAAGAGGUCUGGCAUUUUCUUGAUUAGAAAUGAGAACUCAGAAAGCAAUUUUAUCCAAGUGUACUCUAUUUUCCUCUUCCUAUAACCACUUCCCAAAGGACUUCUCUCUCCCAGCUUGGGAAUCUGCCAGAAUGACAUUUUGUUAUUUCUUCUCUAAAUUUUCCCCUACUGCUUCCAAUAAAAAUGUACUUGGGUGGCCCUUGAGGUGUCAAGAUGCUAGUGCAGGUCCUUCCAAAUAAGGACUCUUCCCCUCCUGCCCUCCUCUCCGCCACACUCCUUAGGCCUUGCUUCUACACUUGGACUCCAUGGUGCUUAAGGGAAGAGGUUUCCCAUUAAUCAGCCAAGAGGCCUGGAAGAUGUUCAAACGCCAACAGCAUGUCUUCCCACCCCCCACCCCCGCCCCAGCCAGCCCCUACUGCACUUUCAAAGCCCCUCAGAGACAAGGUUUGGUUUAUGGGUCUGGAUGAUUCCCCUGUCACAGGGUGUGUCUAAGACACUCAUUCCGUCUUUUCCUGAGGAUGUGAUUGGUCCCCACGCGUAAGGCAGAAGUGUCUCCUCAGCACAGGCUGGACUAGUUUGUGUAGUGACAGCCACUCAGCCAGGUGGGAGAGAAGGUCCAGAAAAGGCUGGACUGUGAGAGUCCUCAUGCCUGAGACCUCUGGCAUGCUCUUGGACCCAGAGCUGGGGGUCAGAGCAGCAUCCUGAACAAGGGACACUCAGGGCCAGCACCAAGUGCAUGUGUCUGUGCUGUUCUCAACCCUGCUCUCCUGAGACCUCCCGCAGAUCCCAGCUUAUCCUUGGACGGGAGAGACCAGUGCAAAGUGACUGUAGGUAAAGGCACUGGAGUGGGUACAGGAAAAAGAGUUCCGAGACUGCGCCCGUCCAACACGCCCACCUUACCAGUCAUCAUCCAUCCCUUGAGCCCUGGGCAGGUCGGGCCUCCUCCUGGCCUGACCUUAGCACAGCCGAGAUUACCCUGAAGAGGGAGUGAUGUGCGGCAGCCUCUCCCUCCUGCAGGGACAAGUGGUUCAGAGCCCGGCUUCGGCUUCAGUUUUCCCCUUCCGUGUGUCCUUUCCCUGAUCUUGAUCACCACUUGAGCGCUAGCAUUUUGUAUUUCCUCUCUCCGCCCUUCCCCAUGCUUCACGCACCCAAUGGAGCUGUUUUCCAGCUGAGUUGUGUGGAUUAACUUCAGUCAACUGUAAAUACACCUGGAGGAGGCUCCUGAGGCAGGGGAAGCCAGACUGGCUUUGUGAACUGAAUGUAUUUUUAUGCAACUUUGAGUGGCCUUUCAACCCUGAGAUGGAUGGAUUUGCUUUACUGGUUGUUAUUAUAUGGUAUUAAGUGUUCUGUGUUUGAAAGUUUGGGAAUAAUAUUCACAUCUAUGAUGCCUGUAAACACAACAGUAUUUAUAAAUGAGCAAAUAAAACUGUGUUUUAACUUUG